CCCAAGUCAUGAUCCUGGGAACCAUUGUCCUGGCUGCCCUGCUGAGCCCCCAUGGAACUGAAGCCAUUAGGGGGGGCCAUGUGUCAGUGUAUGCCGAGUUCGUCCAGACACACAGACCCUCUGGAGAGUACAUGUUUGAGUUUGAUGGGGAUGAGCAGUUCUAUGUGGACCUGGAUAAGAAGGAGACUGUCUGGCAUCUCCCAGAUUUUAUUCAUGCCUUCGACUUUGAUGCCUGGAGAGGUAUUGCUGACAUUGUUGUGGCAAAGAAGAACUUGAACAACCUGAUCCAACGGUCCAACCACAUAAGGGCCACAAAUGAGCCACCUGAGGUGACUGUGUUUCCCAAGGAGCUUGUGGAGCUGGGACAACCCAACACUCUCAUCUGUCAUGUAGACAAGUUCUUCCCACCUGUGCUCAAUGUCACAUGGCUGCGCAAUGGGCAGAUGGUCACUGAAGGUAUAGCUGAGACCAUCUUCCUGCCCAGCACAGAAUUUAGAUUCCACAAGUUCCACUACUUAACCUUCCUUCCCACGGCUGAAGAUGUCUAUGACUGCAAGGUGGAGCACUGGGGCCUGGAUCAACCUCUCCUUAAGCACUGGGAGGCCCAGGAGCUGAUCCAGGUGCCUGAGAUGAAGGAGACUGUGGUCUGUGUCCUGGGUCUGGUGGCAGGUGUGGCAGGCAUCAUCACUGGCGUCAUUGUCCUGAAGACCAGGAGGCCUGACAGCAUCCCUGGGUGCAGGGCUCCUGUGACAACUCUUAUGAGACAGAAGAGGACAUAGGGGAAUGCCCAGCAACAGAUCUACUUUAAAGCUCCAGUGCCUCUGAAUGUCUGUGCUCCUCAACACCAAUGAUCGAUGUCCCCAAAGACCCCUCCAAUCCCUGCCUG